GAGAGAGAGAGAGAGAGAGAGAGACAGAGAGAGUGUGUGUGUGCGUGUGCGCGUGUGCGCGUGCUUGAGAGAGUGAGUGUGAGACUGAGAGCGUGAGUGUGUGUGCUCUUGCGCGUGCAUGUGCUUCGAGAUUGAGAAAGAGAGCGAGUCAGUGAGAGAAGAGUAGAGCGAGUAAGGGGAGAGUCGCAGAAGAGAGACCAGACCGAGUUCCAGAGUAGUAGAGCGGCUUGCGUGAAAGGUGGUAGGAAGGAAGCUUCACCACCGUCUUCCCGUUCCUCGCCCGCGAUGCUGUUGUCCAUCCUGGUCAUUUCGUCACCAUGGAACCAUGAGAAGACGGUGUCAAAGAUCCUGCAUGUCCUCCAGUUCGCCUACCCGCUCGUCCUCCUCUUCUUCUUCAUCCUCGCCUUCGCCGUUCAGAGCGUCUUGACCGCCUCCCCGAGCGACGACAGCGAGGAGCAGACGCCCAAGGUCCAGUUCGGUCCCGGUGGCAAGCCGCUGCCCAUCCGCACAAACUCGUUCAAGCGGGCCGCGCCCACGGACUUCUCACGGUCGCGAAAGCUCAUCUUCGAAUGGCUCUCUGCCUUCGCCUGCCUCACCUGGGUCGCCAGCGCUGCCGUCGUCAUCUUCCACGCCCUGUACGACCGCAAAUCUGGAUGGUGGGUGGGCCAAGCUCCUACGAUCUACAUUGUCGGUUCGUUCUUCGUCUACUCGUUGCUUCUCAUCUCCCUCAUCGACACGAAACCCUCGCCCACUUCAGCACAAUUGGCAACAUGGAUCUUAGCCGUGGUCGCUGAAGCGGCCGUCUUCGCUCUGGACGUGGCUAUCAAGAGGCGGGAUCACAAGAUUGAUAUCUGGGAAGGCCUGGACGUAGCGAUCACGCUCGUGCGCUUCCUCGUCCUGUUCGCUCUCCUCGGCUUUUAUUUGGUGUUCACCAAGCUCUCGCCACAGAAUACAAACUACGACAGCGACGUUAGCGAGUCUUCGUCUUUGCUACCUAGGAAUGAUGCCUCUCAGGCUUCGCUCAAUGGCAUGGCCAACGGCACCUCUGGCUAUGGUACGACGGGCGGCCGCAAGCACGGCCACGGAGGCCACCCACACCACGGCGGCGGGGACGAACCAGGCUGGGUCCGGCCGCAGAAGAAUCCCUCGCGCAGCUGGUGGGAGUACUUGAAGCGCUACUCGAUCCUGUUUCAAUACCUAUGGCCCUCCAAGGACCUCCGUCUUCAGCUCAUGAUGAUCCUAUGCGUAUGCAUUGUGAUCGUGCAACGCGGCGUCAAUGUUCUUGUACCCUACCAGGUCGGCGUUAUCACAAAUGAGCUGUCUGGAGAUGACGGUCCGGUGCGCAUGCCCUGGCUGUCCGUGUGCUUGUACAUCGGAUACCGACUGCUACAAGGUAACAACGGGCUGCUUGGCGCUUUGCGAUCGACUGCUUGGAUUCCCAUCAGCCAAUACUCGUACCGCGAGAUCUCGGUCGCCUCGUUUGAACAUGUGCACAGCCUGAGCCUGGAUUUCCAUCUCGGAAAGAAGACCGGCGAGGUGCUUUCGGCCAUGAACAAGGGCUCGUCAAUCAACACGUUUUUGGAGCAGGUCACCUUCAACGUGGUGCCCAUGAUGAUUGACCUGGUCGUCGCCAUUGUCUUCUUUUUGACCGCGUUCGAUGCAUACUAUGCCCUGGUUAUUACCGUUGUGACAUUUUGGUACAUUUAUCUCACGAUCCGGAUGGCUACGUGGCGUGCCGACAUCAGACGCGACAUGGUCAACGCCGACAGAGAGGAGGAUGCAGUCAAGAACGACUCCAUGGUCUCGUACGAGACGGUCAAGUACUUCAACGCAGAGAACUAUGAGUUUGAACGCUACAAGCGCGCCGUGAAGAAGUACCAGGAUGCCGAGUACAGGGUGCUCUACUCGCUGCAGAUCAUGAACGUGACUCAGAAUAUGGUCUUCAUGCUCGGUCUUAUGAUCACCUGCUUUAUUGCCGCGUACCAAGUAACCAGAGGUCAGAUCAAGGUUGGAAAGUUCAUGACGCUGCUCACGUACAUGUCGCAACUGCAGCAGCCACUCAACUACUUUGGCACGUUCUAUCGUAUGAUUCAGUCUGCCAUGAUCAGCUCGGAACGCAUGCUGGAGCUGUUCAAGGAGAAGCCCACCGUGGUUGACAAGCCGGACGCAAAGGAGCUUCCAACCUGCGAGGGCGACGUGCGCUUCAACGACGUAUACUUCGCAUACGACCAGCGCAAGGAGGCCCUUAAAGGCCUGAACUUCCACUGCAAGCCUGGGACGACAACGGCCUUCGUGGGCGAGUCUGGUGGGGGCAAGUCCACUGUUUUCCGACUGCUCUUCCGAUUUUACAACGUAAAGUCCGGCAGCAUUCAGGUCGACGGACACGAUGUGGGAGAUAUCACCAUUGAUUCGCUGCGCAGACACAUUGGCGUCGUACCGCAGGACACUGUGCUGUUUAACGAAACGCUCAUGUACAACCUGAAGUAUGCGAAGCCUGACGCAACAGAUGAGGAGGUGUACGACGCUUGCCGCGCGGCCAGCAUACACGACCGCAUCAUGUCUUUCCCGGACGCAUAUGAGACCAAGGUGGGCGACAGGGGGCUGCGGCUAUCCGGCGGAGAGAAGCAGCGCGUUGCGAUUGCUAGGACGAUCCUGAAAGGCCCCCGCAUUAUAUUGCUGGAUGAGGCGACGGCUGCUCUAGACACGGACACGGAGCAGCACAUCCAAAACGCGCUAAAAACGCUGGGUCAGGGCCGGACGAUGCUGGUGAUCGCUCACCGGCUCAGCACUAUCACUCAGGCAGACCAGAUUCUGGUGCUGCAAGAUGGCCGGGUCAUCGAGCGGGGCACGCACGAGGAGUUGCUCGAGCUGAACGGCCGCUACAAGGUCAUGUGGAAGAAGCAGAUUCGCGCCGAGCGUGUCGCCCACGAGGCUAAGGAGUUGCAGAUGAAGGCAGACAAGCUGCGUAGGGAGUUCAAAUCUGGAGAGGUCAACGACAACAGCGAAGGUUCCUCGUCGUCAAGCUCGCCCAGCACCAGCGAAGGCGAGGGUAAGAGCAACAAGAAGCAUACGGAGAAGUCUUCGAGGAAGCCGUCGCGCUCGACCCGCUCCACUAAUAGUAGCUCUGCUGGCGCCGGGAAUUCCUCAUCCAAGACUGAUAACGGCAACACGCUUCCAAACGGACACCCUUAACUCCACGUACCAUGUGGAAAGCGGCCUUCUUAUGCAAAGAGCCUUAAUAAUUUUUCCCCCGCCUCACGCGUGCGUCCUGCGUUAUUUCCUGCUCACAACGCGCACACAUCGUCAACCUCAAAACGUUAGUUUUGACUUGGUCGCCGCAGCGACUACACAUCUUCUGGACGCUUUCAUCGUCGAUUUUUCCCUUGCCCUUCAACUUGAUGUUGCAUUUGACAAGUGCCGGCCUGCGGCGCGACAUUGGAUCUCACGAAGGGGCAAGUAUCAUUUUACCAACCAGCCUUCAAACCAGGCGGUCGAUUAAUUCUUUCCGGUGGAGAACUCUUUUCUUACGAGCCUACAAAUUUUUCAAACCCCCCAUCCCCAUCCCCUCUUCUCCCCCCUAAUGCUCCUUCAAAGUUGCUUUCGCUACAUGACGGGUCACAACGGAGGAAAACACACGGGGGCCACAGCCCUCGAGAUGGCAGAGUAUCUGGAACAAAAGCAUCAUUGUUCGGUAACAUAUUCAUUGGUAUCGCUGUUUUCUUGUGGCCAGAAAACACAAAUUGGGUGGCAGGAGCAUUUCAAGUUUCAUUUGGAUCCAGUUCGUUUCUCACAUUUUACGCUUUCACUUUUCCUUUGCUUUUUUUUUUUCGGAGGCUUUCUUGAAUGAAAUUAGUGUUGCUAGAUUGGUCAGGCUGUAGGAUGGAUGGGAACUUUUCCGUCCUUUUUUUCUUCUCAUUUUCCAAAAGGCUGAGCGUACAACACUCAUCAGCUGGAGCUGCUCUUGCUACAAGAACAAGAGAAAAAGAGAAAGAGAUGGGCUUCACGGCUCUUUCUGAAUAUCGCGAUAGGUGGUUAGCGAUUGGCAUACAUACAGGGGCGGACAAGACGACUCCUUUCUUGACGAGAUCAUGGCGGGCGGCUAAUUUGCAUUUUCUUUUUGCUGUCUGGUAUUUUUUUUUUUCAAAAUAAAACAGAGGGAUUGAAAUACA